GUAGACAUGCUGAAGGAGAUGAAGGAGAUGGAAGUGGCCAUCACAGACACCACCGUCACCUUGAUGUUCCACGUCCUUAACGCCACCAAGGAGAAAGGCCCCGACGUGGUCAGGAGACUCCAGGACACCAUCUUCGCUCUGGGAUUGGCCAAGCCCUCUGCCAACCUCUGCUCCCCUCUCAUUUCCGCCUACCUGCAGAGUAAGGACCUGUCUGGGGCCCUGGAUGCUGCCACAGAGUGUCAGAAGCAGUACGGUCAGCUUCCUCGUAUCCAUGACAUCAUCGUCGCCCUGGUGGAGACGGGAGACACCGAGCAGCUGCAGAAAGCCAUGGACUUUGUGAGCCAGGAGCGUGGUGAGAUGACAAUGCUGUACGACCUGUUCUUCGGCUUCAUGCAGACUGGACGCUACCGCGAGGCCCGCAAAAUCAUCGAGACUCCUGGGCUCAGGGCUCGUCCCGGGAGGUUCCAGUGGUACGCCCAGAAAUGCAUCUCUGGCAAAAAAAUGGAGGCUCUGGAAAACAUGGUGGACAUGACCGCAAAGUUGUUUGAGUGUGACCGUGACGAGAUGUACAGCUACAUACUCCGACUCUGCAGGGACACCAACGACUGGCGCAAGGCAGAGGCCACCUGGACCAAGAUGCAGGAGGAGAACAUCAUCCCAAGGCCCCGGACCCUGCGCUUGCUGGCUGACAUCCUCAAGACCAACGGCCAGGAGGUGCCCUUCCAGGUGCCUGAGGUGUGGUACGAGCAGAGCCCGAAGGGAGAGGCCGGCCCUGAGGCUGAGGCUCAGGGGACGGAGGUCAGAGCUGCCAAGUCACCCAACAUGCUCACUGACAACAGCAACGACCACAAGUUUCGCAUUCUCACCCUGUGCAAGAAGGGCAUGGCUAAAGAGGCCUAUGGCGUGCUGAAGGACGCCGAUGUGAAUGGCGUGACUCUGGGCCCCGCCCACUACAACAGUCUGAUCAAAGUCCUGCUAGCCGAGGGCAACAUGGAGGACGCCAUGGUGGUCAAAGACAUGCAAGUUCCUGUCCGCUUCUCCUCUCAGUCUACUCUGCGUCCCCUCACCAUCACUGCUCCACAUCCAACCUUCCAGAUCCCCUCUCAUGAGAGG